CAGCAGUAGCAGCAGCAACACCACUACCUCCUCCACUACCACUGUGUGGUGAUGGUACCACUACCACCAUUACCCCUAACAACCACCACCAGGUAUUAGUAGUAGUAGUAUCAGCAGUAACGAUAGAACAGGGACGAUGGUGGCGCCCUCUCCCAACGUUCUCGACUUGAUAGCAGCCGCAACGGAGGGACGACAGGGGUGCCGUACUAGUCGUCUCUUCUUCUUUCACUCUUAUUGCGAGAAGGAGAGUAAACGUUGUUCGCGUGUUUCGGUGUAAGGAGAAGAAGAAGAAGAAGAAGGGUGGAAGAGUAGUAGUAGUAGUAGUAGUAGCAAAAGAGGAAGAAGAAGAAGGACGUGAAUAAAAAGCGUGAGCUCUGGUGGUGGAGGGGUGUAUCUGGUAGGGGCGCAGUGGCAGACCAACAGUCGCACCCCGUCUUCGUCGUCGUCAUAUUCGAAGCCACCCCACACUGUCAUUGCGCGUGUGACGGAGUACGUCACCAAAAGCACAAGCAAUAGCAAAAGCAAGUUGAAACGAAGGAAAGAAGGAAGGAAGGAAGGAAGGAAAGGACAGAAGAAAAGUUAGAAUGGAUAACUGGGAUUGGUGUUAAUCAGGGACGAUGAUAUAUAAAGUAUUGUAACGAUUUAGUUAAACAUUCGGAUAGUAGUUUUCCGAAAGGGCGGGGGCACGAGAAAGAGGGUGUUGGAGAUAAAUAGGGUAAGAGAGAGAGAGAGAGAGAGAGGGGGUGAAAUAUUAGAGAGUGAGAGGGAACGAGCUUGAGCUAGAGUUUGGGCUGGCAUGGUGGCGGUGCAUCCGGUUAAGGAGCUGCCCUCGCCGUGCCCAUGACGAGGCUGCAGAUCUUCCACCAGCGUCAGGCAGAAAAGACGAAGCCGGUGUGGCCGGGAGCUUUGAGGAAGGCCCGAUCCGCCGUCAUCCGCAUCCGCGAGGAGCUCGACGACGACAAAGAGGACAAAGGAAAGAAAAGAAAGAAGUACGGUUACGAAGGUGGUCCUCCUUGUCCUACGACGACACCAGUGAGCGACGGAAGGCCGCGACGGAGACGUCGGCGCCGUUACGACGACGUCGACGACGAAUUGUGCUGGGACGUUCCUGAAGACGGUGCCGUCGUCACCGUGAUUGUCGUCGUCGAGCGUUUUCGCGGGUGCAUCAAGAGGUGUUGCGUUUAUUGUGGGUGUUACGUUGGGUGCCGCCGGUGUUGGGAAUAUUCCACGCAUAAUAAUCAUUUUAUUAUUUAUUCUCUUCCUCGUAAUUUUCUCCUUCUUCUUCUUCUUAUUCUUCAUUUUGACAAGAAGAAAUUGGAUCAUAAAUUAUUACAAGAUUAUUCGUAAUAACAAGAAACCUCGUGGGCUUGAGCUGCCGCCUUCUCAAUAUGCCGCGUUGCCUCAUGGCCAAGAAAUGGAAGGCUUAUCCCUGGCCAGAUCGGCUCGAUGAUCCUCAACAACAACAACAACAGCAACAACAACAACAUGAACAAAACGGAUCGAUCGGUAUUGAACAGGAACACGUUAAUAAUAAUAUCAACAACGAACAUGAUCUUCAAAGAACAACAAAUUCCAAUUUGGUCAUGGACAAGAAACAUCACAGGCAUCAUCAUGAGCCUGAAGAUGAGGAGAUCGACGUCGUUGGGGAUACCGAUAACAGGCAGGUCGUCGAUCAUCAGCAAACCUGUUGGGGUCCGCACAGUCCUACUGCUGGUGCUACCGCGCCAAGUCCACCACCUUUGAAUGCUUCUGGUGCACUUUAUUAUCACGGUUAUACGCACGAAGCAUGGAUAAGUCACGAAGAACCGCCAAAAUAUGCAACAUUACGAUCAGCUGCAGAAUUGGCACAACCAGUGGUACCCUCCCCACCCCCACAGGAUAUACAACCAGUUGUCUCGAGCGACGGUGCUUCCUUGCAACCAGCACCAACGCCUAUCGUUACAUCGACAACUCACAAUUUACCACCGAGAAAAAGCUUAUCCAUGUGUUUUACCAGCACCGGUACCGCAUUAUCCUUACCACCGAAGAAAAAGGACAUUUAUCGGCCCUAUAGUCUUCAACCAACUACUGAAAUUCGUACUUCGGCCGAGGAAGAUUUAUCAGCGGCACAGGCAAUUCUUGAUUUGAGUGCUUCGCCAGCAGCACCCACUCAUUCAGUUUUUAUUCAUACUCUUUCGGCACCCCAACCGACUCAAACGCAACCCAACGUUGCCACAGUUGUUCAAUUGCAACAACCAACACCACCCCCGCAACCACCACCACCACCACCACCACCUCAACAACAACAACAACAACAACAGCAACAACAACAACCGACGCAACAAUUACAAAGACCACCGUCGCCCCAUCCAAUACCAGUUUCCGUUUUGGUACCAGUACCCACAUCUCAAAAUGCUCAGCUUCGUCAGCAAGAACAUGCGCCACCACAACCUCAAUCUCCUGCCACCGCGGAAGGCAACGUUUCUGGAAAUUGCAAUGGAAGGGACGGUAACGUUAACGGAGCCAGCAAAACGGUCGCCUACACCUACGAGGCCUUCUUCGUAUCCGAUGGUCGUUCGAAACGUCGUGGGAGUAAUAACGGUGCCGUAGUACCUGACAAGGAAGCCGUUCAACCGGACAGGCCCAAGUUCACGUGCACCGAAUGCGGCAAACAAUACGCUACCUCGUCGAAUUUAUCCCGUCACAAGCAAACCCAUCGAAGUUUAGAUUCUCAAUCGGCAAAGAAGUGCAUUCAUUGCGGUAAAGCUUACGUCAGUAUGCCGGCCCUGGCAAUGCACGUGUUAACCCACAAACUCGCCCACAGUUGUGGAGUUUGCGGCAAAAUGUUCUCAAGACCUUGGCUACUUCAGGGUCAUCUACGUAGCCAUACCGGGGAGAAACCUUAUGGUUGCGCACAUUGCGGCAAAGCUUUUGCCGAUCGUUCCAAUUUACGUGCCCACAUGCAAACACAUUCGGCUGAUAAAAAUUAUGAGUGUUCGAGAUGUCACAAAACGUUUGCACUCAAAUCAUAUCUCAACAAACAUCUCGAGUCUGCUUGUAUUCGUGAUGAUGACGUUCAACAGCAACAACAGCAACAACAACAACAACAACACCAACAUUGUACCAACGGACCUCAACAACAACAACAACACCAGCAACAUCAACAAAGCCCAAAUCGUGGCUUGUAGCAGCGUUACGAGAAAUUCAACAGGCUCGAUGGCUGCAUCAUUGCAAACUCUCUCAGAGAAAGCUAGCGGUUUCUCGUAUUAGCUACGUAAAGAAGAAAAACAAAAAGCAAUAAAUAAUGAAAGAAAAUAAAAAAUAGAAAGAGAGAGAGAGAGAGAGAGAGAGAGAGAGAAUACACCAAAGAUCGGUCGAUCUUAAAAAAAUAAGGUUUGCCCGUAGAUGUUAAGUAGUAAAGUGCCAGUUUGAAGAGGAUGAUAUAAAAGACGGUAAGAGAGGUUAUGGAUAAGAGAAUGAUGACACACAUAGUCGGUGAUCAAUGAUGUCUAACAUUUAUAAAAACGUCCAGUAAUGUUUAAGUCUAUAAAAAGAAACAAAGAGAACAAAA